AAGCCAACUCCUACACGCACAUAUGUCACCCGUUAUUUGAACACGAGCCGUCACAAAAGGUUUCCACUAGUCUGACAGUGAUUACACUCGACAUACCAUCGGCGGAUAGUUGGUGCUGUUAGAGUCACUGAACACUAAGACUAAUAGUUAUUAUUUUAUUAUUUUUUUCUUCUUCUUUAAAAAACAAAACAAUUUAAACUGUUUUGAACUUCAUCAAACAUGGACAUCAAAGUAGAGAGGAGUACGAUGACAGAGUUCUGGAAGGAGCACAGCCGCCAGGCCACGGUUGAGGAAAUGAUGUUGGACUCUCAUGCCCAGGAGCUGACCCUGCACGAACUGCCUGAGAUCCUCUCCCUGCUGCCCAGCCUUUCCGGCCGGAGGGUCCUGGAGCUGGGCGCCGGCAUCGGUAGGUACACCAGCCACCUGUUGACCCAGGCCAGUCACGUGACAGCGGUCGACUUCAUGGAGAGCUUCGUGGAGAAGAACAGACAGGACAACAGUCACCAUGGCAACGCCUCCUUCCUCCAGGCAGACGUCACCAAGCUGGUCUUCCCCAAAAACAGUUUUGACCUCAUCUUCUCCAACUGGCUACUGAUGUAUCUGAGUGACGAGGAGCUGAUGUCACUAACAGAGAGGAUGCUGGGAUGGCUCUGCCCCGGAGGAUACCUGUUCUUCAGGGAAUCCUGCAACUACCAAUCAGGUGACUGUAAGAGGACCUUUAACCCCACCCACUACAGAUCGUCGGCCCACUACAGUCACUUGAUGACAACAACACUGCGGGAGGAGUCAGAGGGGGCGGAGAAGCAGGUGUUUGGCUUUGACAUCGUGCUCAGUAAAACCGUGCAGACAUACAUCAAGAUGAAGAACAACCAGAACCAGGUGUGUUGGCUGUUGGAGAAGGUGGGUCGGGACACCGCCUGUCAAGCGGGCUUCAGAACCUUCCAGCAGUUCCUGGACAACCAGCAGUACACACGCAAAGGCAUCCUGCGAUACGAGAAGAUGUUUGGGGCAGGAUACGUCAGCACUGGGGGACACAGCACUACCAAGGAGUUUGUUAACCUGCUGAACUUGAAGCCUGGGAUGAAGGUGCUGGAUGUGGGGUGUGGCAUCGGUGGUGGAAACUUCUACAUGGCAAAGGCCUUCGGCGUGGAGGUGCUGGGCCUGGACCUGUCAGCCAACAUGGUGGAUAUCGCCAUAGAGAGGGCCAUGGAGGAGAAGCUUCCAUCGGUCCAUUUCGAGGUGGCCGACGCCACUAAGAGAGAGUUCCCAGAAGCGUCGUUUGAUGUGGUCUACAGUCGAGACACCAUCCUGCACAUCGACGACAAACUGGCAAUGUUCAAACGCUUCCACUCGUGGUUGAAGCCCGGUGGCCAGGUUCUGAUCACUGACUACUGCUGUGGAGAGAAGCCCUGGACUCCUCAGUUCCAGGAGUAUGUCAAACAGAGAGGUUACAUUCUCUACACCCCACCAGAAUACGGCAAGUUCCUCCAGCAGGCAGGUUUCUCUAACGUACGUGCUGAGGACAGGACAGCUCAGUUCAUGCAGGUGAUCCAGACAGAGCUGGAGAGAGCAGGGGCCAUGGAAGACGAGUUCAUUAAGGAGUUCUCAGAGGAAGACUACCUGGCCAUUGUCAACGGCUGGAGAGACAAACUAAAACGCUGCAGAACUGGAGACCAACGGUGGGGCCUAUUUCACGCAACAAGGAACUGAGAGAGGAGACAAGAUAGAAAAAUAACCCAUUCAGGAGGGAGAGUUCAGUGCCUGGGCCCAGCCGCACUGCUUUCACAUCAACUAGAGGAGAUUACCAGGCACCGGUACGACAAAAUCUGAGAUUACAUACACUGAGGCAAUUACAGAUUGUGUAGUAUUUUAUUUUGAAGUGAGAAAUUGUCGUUAUCCAAGGACCAGUCUAACUUUAGUUUUUAUCUUUAAUAUCUAUGUAUUGAGAGGUGAAACGGAUUCCUGUUUCUUACUUUACUUAAUUUGUUAUUUUAUUUUUUAUUUCACCUUUAUUUAACCAGGUAGGCAAGUUAAGAACAAGUUCUGGUUUAUAACUGCGACAUGGCCAGGAUAAAACACAGCAGUUCGACACAUACAACAACACAGAGUUACACAUGGAAUAAACAAAACAUACAGUCAAUAAUACAGUAGAAAAAAAAGUAUAUAUACAGUGUGUGCAAAUGAAGUAAGAUAAGGGAGGUAAAGGCAAUACAAUAGGCCAUAGUGGUGAGGUAAUUACGAUAUAACAAUUAAACACUGGAGUGAUAGAUGUGCAGAAGAUGUAUGUGCUUUACUUAUUGUAGUUUGUUUAAAUACUUUACUUACUUUAAAAAUAUUUCACAAAAAUGUUAUGGAACCAAACUGAAUUUGAUUAAAACAUUUUAACUUUGUGUAAAGUUGACAAUAUUAUUGUCUUGUUAUCAAAGGUGAAUGUGCAUCAUUUCCCAGUCUGUACUAUCAACAUACCAUAGUUUCAUAGUUUUUUACAAAUAAAUGUUUGAAAACCUC